GCCAUGCCAGCCACCAACCAGGGCUGGCCUGAGGACUUCGGCUUCCGGCUGGGCGGCUCGGGUCCCUGCUUCGUCCUGGAGGUGGCCGAAGGGAGCAGCGCACACACCGGGGGUCUGCGGCCUGGGGACCAGAUCCUGGAGGUGGAGGGGCUGGCCGUGGGCGGCCUGAGCCGCGAGCGCCUCGUGCGCCUGGCCCGGCGCUGCCCGCGCGUGCCGCCCAGCCUGGGCGUGCUCCCCGGCCCCGACGGCGGCCCCAGCGCGGGAUCCGGCUGUGCACCCCUGACCACAGCCUCGCGGGCCCCUCGCUCCGGCCGCGGCCUCUCUCUGGGCCGCGAGCUGCUACGACUGGCCGGCCGCAAACGGCCUGACGCCGUGCACCGAGAGCGCAGGCGCAAAGCCCAGGAGUUCAGCCGCAAGGUGGAUGAAAUCUUGGGGGACCAGCCGAUGACCAAGGAGCGGAUGUUCGCUGCUCUGAAGCAGUUCGCGGCUGAGCAGCGGGUGGAUGAGCUGGUGUGGGCGCUCACCCUGGUGCUGCCCCUCGAGGCCCGUGGGCCCCUCCUGGAGAACCUCAGGAUCUUCAUCCCCAAGAAGCACCGGGCGCGCUUCGACGAGGUGGUGUCUCAGGGUCUGCUGGGCAAGCUAUGCCGCGCCCGGCGGGCGCAGGGCGCGCAGCGGCUGCGCCGGAGCCGCAGCGAGGAACGGCCGGAGCGCCUCCUGGUGUCCACGCGCGCCAGCGCCGCCCCGCGCCGCCCCGACGAGCCUCCCCAGCGCAAGGCCGCCUCUCUGCUCGGCAGCCGCGCCGGCCCCGGGGGCGCGCGCAGGACGGUCCGAGUCUACAAGGGCAACAAGAGCUUCGGCUUCACGCUUCGCGGCCACGGACCUGUCUGGAUCGAGUCUGUCGUGCCUGGGAGCCCGGCUGACAAUGCUUCCCUCAAAUCGGGUGACCGGAUCCUCUUCCUCAACGGACUAGACAUGAGGAACUGCUCCCACGACAAGGUGGUGUCCAUGCUGCAGGGCAGUGGUGCAAUGCCCACGCUGGUGGUGGAGGAGGGGCUCGUCCCAUUCGCCAGCGACUCCGACUCGAUGGAUUCUCCCAACCCGUCGUCGGCGCUCACCUCCCUGCAGUGGGUGGCGGAGAUCCUGCCGUCCAGCAUCCGGGUGCAGGGCAGGACCUUCAGCCAGCAGCUGGAGCACCUGCUCACGCCCCCCGAGCGCUACGGGGUCUGCCGGGCCCUCGAGAGCUUCUUCCAGCACAGGAACAUCGACACCCUGAUCGUCGAUGUCUACCCGGUGCUGGACACGCCCGCCAAGCAGGUCCUCUGGCAGUUCAUCUACCAGCUGCUGACUUACGAGGAGCAGGAACUCUGCCAGGAGAAAAUCGCAUGUUUCCUGGGCUACACGGCCAUGACAGCAGAGCCAGAGCCCACACUGGACCUGGAACCCGAGCCAGAGCCGGAGCCGGAGCCGGAGCCGGCGCCUGAGCCCCAACCACGGAGCUCCCUGAGGGCCUCCUCCAUGUGCCGCCGCAGCCUCCGGUCCCAGGGCCUGGAGGCCAGCCUCAGCUGUGGGCCCAGCGACUGCGCGGAGAUGCCUCGUCCUCUGAUCCCAGGCGAGCGCCAGGCGGGCGAUGGUACAUCCCUCCCCGAGACCCCCAACCCCAAGAUGAUGUCGGCUGUCUACGCAGAGCUUGAGUCCCGGUUGAGCAGCAGCUUCAAAGGGAAGAUGGGGACCACCUCCAGAUCCCGUGCCUCCCCACCAGUGCCCAGCAUGGCAGGCACGGAAGGACCCAGGACCCUGUCCAGCGUCUCGUGGACCAGCGAGCGGCUCCUGCCCUCCCCCUGCUACUACCCGCUGUGCUCAGAGGGCCUGGCCUCCCCCAGCAGCUGCGAGUCCCACCCCUACGCCAGCUUGGACAGUAGCAGGGCGCCCUCCCCACAGCUGGGCCCCGGGCCCCUCCGCUCCAGCAGCACCCGCAGCCCGGAGCCCGGCCGCCCGCCCAGCCGCAGGAAGCUGUUCACCUUCGCCCACCCUGUGCCAAGCCGGGAGACUGACCGCUUCCUGGAUGCGCUGAGUGAGCAGCUGGGGCCCCGGGUCACCAUCGUGGAUGAUUUCCUGAGCCCUGAGAAUGACUACGAAGAGAUGAGCUUCCACGACGACCAGGGCAGCUUCGUCACCAAUGAGAGGAGCAGUGCCAGUGAGUGCAUCAGCAGCAGUGAGGAGGGCAGCUCCCUGACCUACUCCUCCAUCUCCGACCACAUCCCCCCGCCCCCACUCAGCCCCCCGCCACCGCCACCCCUGCCCUUCCAUGACCCCAAGCCCAGCUCCCGCACCCCUGAUGGCCCCUGGGGCCCCGCUCCGACGCUGGCCAAGCCCCUCACCCAACUCAGCCACCCAGUCCCUCCACCACCCCCGCCACCCCUGCCCCCACCUGUCCCCUGUGCGCCCCCCAUGCUGUCCCGGGGCCUGGGCCACCGCCGCAGUGAGACCAGCCACAUGAGCGUCAAGCGCCUGCGGUGGGAGCAGGUGGAGAACUCGGAAGGCACCAUCUGGGGACAGCUCGGGGAGGACUCUGACUAUGAUAAGCUGAGCGACAUGGUGAAGUACCUCGACCUGGAGCUCCACUUUGGCACCCAGAAACCUGCUAAGCCGGUGCCCGGGCCUGAGCCCUUCAGGAAGAAGGAGGUGGUGGAGAUCCUGUCCCACAAGAAGGCCUACAACACCUCCAUCCUGCUGGCGCACCUGAAGCUGAGCCCGGCCGAGCUGCGGCAGGUGCUAAUGAGCAUGGAGCCCCGGCGCCUGGAGCCCGCGCACCUGGCGCAACUGCUGCUCUUCGCGCCAGACGCCGACGAGGAGCAGCGCUACCAGGCCUUCCGCGAGGCGCCCGGCCGCCUCAGCGAGCCAGACCAGUUCGUCCUGCAGAUGCUGUCGGUUCCCGAGUACAAGACCCGCCUGCGCAGCCUCCACUUCCAGGCCACCCUACAGGAAAAGACAGAAGAGAUCCGGGGCAGCCUGGAGUGCUUGCGCCAGGCCUCCCUCGAGCUCAAGAACAGCCGGAAGCUCGCCAAGAUCCUGGAGUUUGUGUUGGCUAUGGGCAACUAUCUCAACGACGGACAGCCCCAAACCAACAAGACCACGGGCUUCAAGAUCAACUUCCUGACGGAGCUGAACUCCACCAAGACGGUGGAUGGGAAGUCCACCUUCCUGCAUAUCCUUGCCAAAUCGCUGAGCCAGCACUUCCCCGAACUCCUGGGCUUUGCUCAGGACCUGCCCACCGUGCCCCUGGCUGCCAAAGUGAACCAACGGGCCCUGACCAGUGACCUGGCUGACCUCCACGGCACCAUCGGUGAGAUACAGGCCGCCUGCCAGAGCAUGUCCCCCACCAGCGAGGACAAGUUUGCCGUGGUCAUGGCGUCCUUCCUGGAGACAGCCCAGCCGGUGCUGCGGGCGCUGGACGGGCUGCAGCGGGAGGCCAUGGAGCAGCUGGGCAAGGCGCUGGCUUUCUUCGGCGAGGAUUCCAAAGCCACCACUUCCGAGGCCUUUUUCGGCAUCUUCGCGGAGUUCAUGAGCAAGUUCGAGCGAGCGCUCGGCGACCUGCAGGCUGGGGAGGGCACACGCAGCUCUGGGAUGAUUUCGCCCCUCUCCUGGUGACGGCGGCGGCCUCGCGUCCUCGGCGGCCCGAGCGCGGAGCGGACGCCGCCCGCGUGGCUCGGAGCGUCCCGGGUGCGGGAGUGGGGCCCAGCCACGCGCGCAUCUCCAGCUAGCUCAGCCGUCGAGCUCCGGCCGCCCUCGAAGGCACCCAUGAGUUACCUGACUUCUCUCGAUACACUAAGUCCAGGGGCCAGUGGUCUGUGCCUGUGCCUGUGCCUGCCUAGCAACCAGUCUCCCUUCUGCUGGGGAAAGCUCCCUGUUUUUCCUUUGGGAAAUUAUCCCUCCUCUGCUCCCAGGCCUUGGAGUGCUGCUGAUUGGAUUAAGGAUGAUCUUGUGACUCUGGUUGGGUGGCUCAGAGUCAAUUCAAGACUCAAGUUUGAAGUGUUCAGAAAAGGAGGCUCCUUACUUCUGGAUGAAUUGUUGGGUGUAAGGAGGGUGGAAUCCCGGAAGGAGCUGCCAGGACUACCACGUGGAGGGCACCUGCCUGGGUGUAAAACCAAUACAGAAGAAAAGGAGAGAAGACCACUCCAUCCAUCUCUUGUCCCUGGAUCCAGCUGUGCCUGAAGCAGACAUCCCAACGUUUCAGUUUCCAAGCCAACAGAUUCUGCCACCACGUGUGAAUGUUUUUAAUUUCUUUUAAUUUUUUGGCUUAGGCUGGUUUGAAUGGGUUUCUGUCACUCGCAAUAUUAAGAGGGUUGACUAACAUACUCAUCAACAGAUCGUUAUAGAUGUUCAGUCGUUUAACAUUCUCAGUGCAUUCUCUUCAUUCAUAAAUGCAAUCGCCAAUACUAUUUGACUGCCUACCAUGUACCAGCCACAAUGCUGGGGGCAGAUAACCUUAUGGGUCAGCCUCUCUGAGUUGCGUUUCCCAGGGUUCUGUUUCAUGGUGAUCUACACCCAAGUCAGUACGAAACCCUACACGUGAGCCAAUAUGUGCGCCAUACCCUCCGCCCCAUUCCUCACCAAAUGACAGGGUGUGACAAGCAGGAAUGUAUUUCUCUCUCAAUGAUACUAAUAAAAU